AUGCCUCUGUUCAAGGAUGAUUUAUCGCCUGACUCUAGGCCGUUACUCCCUACAGAUGAAGAUCAACUGAACGUUCAAUUGUCAAGAAAUAAUCAUAGACCUCAAGUGGAUCGUCCCCAUCUCCACAAUAUUUCAUCUGGGAAAGAAUUAACUAUGGGUCAACGAAGUACGUCAAAUAGAAAUAUGGCAGAAAUGUUCUUAGCUAAAUCUGAAGUUUCACAACAACAAAAGGCUUUAACUGAUACAAAUAAUUUCAUUGAAAUAUUCAAUAGGAAUGAAUCUGGAAAAAAAGUCUCAAUAAAUUCAAAAGAUAAUGAACCAACGUUAAAAGAAGGUUAUACAUUGGAACAAGUGGAUGAAACUGUUCAUAAUAACAAUGAUGAUGACCAAAUAUCUUUGGGUAGCAUAGAUAAUACUAUGGAGAAUUACACAGAAGAUCGACAAAAAGGAAAUGAUAUUGUACCCGAAAUGAAGGGUAAUAACGAGGGUCCAGAAGUAUCAGAUGGAUUAACUAUGGAUCAAUCUACUAAGAAAAGAUAUGACGAAUGGGCAGACAGAGGUGCUGCGAAGAUUGUACAGGAGAUGACAAAUCCUAAGACAGGUGAGAAGUAUAAGAAAUUGAUUAAGAAAGGUAUAAAAGAUUUUAAAUUCGGUGAAAUGAUCGGUGAUGGUGCAUAUUCAACAGUAAUGCUUGCCACUUCGAUAGAUACAAAUAAAAAAUAUGCUGUUAAAGUAUUAAACAAAUCGUAUUUGAUUAAACAGAAAAAAGUGAAAUAUGUGAAUAUAGAAAAAAAUGCAUUACAAAGGGUUAAUAAUUCAAAAUGUAUCAUUAAAUUAUAUUUUACAUUCCAAGAUGAAGCAAGUCUGUAUUUUCUUCUUGAAUAUGCACCAAAUGGAGAUCUGUUAUCAUUAAUGAAAAAGUUUGGUUCCUUGAAUGAAAUGGCAACUUGUUAUUACUCUGCUCAAAUUAUUGAUGCCAUUGGUUAUCUUCAUAAUAAUGGUAUUAUUCACAGAGAUAUAAAACCUGAAAACAUUUUACUAGAUAAAGAUUGGAAAAUUAAAUUAACAGAUUUUGGCACAGCAAAGAUAUUAGAGCAAAAUCCGACAACUAAGAAAUUCGACUUAUUGACUAGAUCGAAAUCCUUUGUGGGAACUGCAGAGUAUGUUUCACCUGAAUUAUUAAAUGAUAGUUUUGUAGAUUAUAGAUGUGAUAUAUGGGCAUUUGGUUGUAUAUUAUUUCAGAUGAUUGCUGGUAAACCACCUUUUAAAGCAACCAAUGAAUAUUUAACUUUCCAAAAAGUUAUGAAAGUUCAAUAUGCCUUUACUGCUGGAUUCCCAACAAUUGUUAGAGAUUUAGUGAAAAGAAUCUUGAUCAAACAAAUGAAUAAAAGAUUGAGUAUAGCAGAUAUAGAAAAACAUCCAUUCUACAAAGAUAAAAAUUUCAAAGAUGGCUCCAUUUGGUCAGAUAUUGUGCCUGAAUUAUCAGCAUACAAAGUUAGUGCAAAAUCUAUGUUACCUGUUCCGGAUUUGAAAGAUAUUUACUCAAAUAAAAGAUUGGAUAUAAACCAUGCAAAAAGAUCUGUUUCAUCAGCAGCCAUAUCAAACACACCAGUAACUACUCCAUCUUCAACGCCAAAUUCUCCGCAAUUACCAAGGUCAAAUAGCUCAUAUGCUAUAUCAGCACAAAAGGAAAGCAUUUCAGAUAAGUCUGAUAAAAAUGAACCUGUUAGCAGAAAAUCAACAGACGGAAGAACCACUGCUAUAUUAGAAAAUGCAAGACGUAGUGUAAGUAGCAGAAAAACUUCAAAGGGUAAACAUCCUGUAAGUGGGGCUGCUUUGGCAGCAAGUUUAGCUUUUAAUAAGAAAACAGCUACUACCACUAUUGACAGCAACAAUACAAAUACACAGAGUAGUUCUCAAAGCACUAUGGGAUCAGAGGAAUCAGAAAAGAAACAAAUUCAUCCAAGUAUUAGUUCCCAAUACCAUAAUCAUACAACAAAUCAUAAUAGUCACAAGCAUGUGGCCUCUGAUAUUUCGCGACCCCCAACAUCAGCUGUUAAGGUAGCAAGAGGAACUACCCCUCAUCCAACGACCGCUACAGGUGCAGACAACUUGAAAACAAACAAUGAUUCUGAAGCAUCCUUGAGAAGUACAACAUCUCCACUCAUCAACAAACAGGCUGCACCUUACAAAUCUAGUCCGAAACCAAGCGAAAAUUCUUUAGCUUCUUCACAAUCUGUUUCCUACGCUACUCAGAUGAUUACUAAAUCUGCUCAUGCUAGUGUCAACAAACUUGAUAUACCCUGGUCAUUUUUCCUGAAAGAUAUCGGGGAACAUAUUAUCCGAAUUAACGAAUUCAACAUAGCUAUUAUGGAUACAGUCACGUUAGAGAAACAACUUUCAAGAUUUCAUAAGGCUAUGAAUGAUCCAUACAAUUUUAAUUCGAGUACAAGAUCAACAUUAUUAUCCCAAGUAGCCAGAAGUGGUGGGGAAAUCACAGGUUUAAGAACUGGAUUCCGUAUACCCGAAGAUAAAUAUUAUGAAUCUAGUAAUAUAGAUUUCGAUAAUGUUGUAGACCAUUAUAAAACGAUAGGUAUUGACAUGCAAAUGUUACUAGCGAGUGAUGCACAAUCAAAUAACGCUGAUGAAAUUAUUCCGGUUUUGCCAAAGGAAAAGAAAUUAAUUUCGAACGCCCAAGAAAAUAAAUCUGCAACGCAAACCAAUGCAUCGCAAAAUACGGCCGAAGAAGAUUCAGGUCAUCUAUUAUUCCCAGGAAGAGUUAAGAAAUUGUUUCACCAUAACCGUUUAGCAACACCUCCUCCAACUACUAUGAUAUCGAUAGACCACGAACAAUUUAUGAGAAGAAUCGUAAUUAUUACGAACUAUGGUAGAAUAUUAACGUUCGUUAAACGUAAAUCUGUUUCAGAAGAAAACGGACUAAUUAAUUGCCUAUGUUAUGAUAUCGACUUGUGUCAGAUGGGUUUAACUGUCAAGGAAAUAAGCUUUCAAAACCCGGCUAACGAUCUAAUAGUUCUACAAACACCUUAUAAGUCUUUCAUUUUAAGUUCUAUUGAUGGAGGUAAUCCUGAAAAGAAAGAACAUUUUAAUACAUUGUGGCUAAAGACACUAAAAAAGGCUAUGAAACUAGGGACAGACCACAAGAAACGUACUCAUUCCAAGCAUUCAACAGGAAGUUCACAUACUGUACAUGCAUCUCCUGGUAUAUCUUCAAGUUCUAUUAGAAGUGUUGAUACAGUGAAUACUAAAAACACAAUCAGACAUAGUCCUAAUGCAUCACCAAUUUCAUCGCCGACACUCGGUAAACACACCCUUUCUACAAAUUCCCUAGGAUCGAGAUCAACUUCCGCAGAUAGCAAACGCUCUUUACUCUUACCUACUAUUACGGAUUCUACAGGAAACAGGAAGAGCAGAAUAUUUAAUUCUUAUGUUAGUUCAAGAGAAAAAGGUGGAAGAAGAUCUAGUAAAUUAGGUAUUCCCACAAAUUCAAAGUUGGUUAAUGGUUUACCAACAACAUCUAAUAACGGAAUCCUAGGUCUUGGGAUAUCGAACAGUAACGAUAAAAAUAACUCAAGUAAUUCAAGCUCAUCUGGGUUAUCAAAAAUUAAUUUCAGAUACAAGUAA